GCGCGCGUCAUCGUCAUGACUGAUUCAAGAAUGUCUGCUAUCCUUCAGAUUUCCUCUGCUAUUUACCAAGCAAGCAAAGCAAUCUAAAAUGAAAAGCAAAUGCAUGUAUUUUAUGAAACAAAAUUAAAGAAAUAUUUGUAUGUGAAGAUAACAAAUUUAAAGUUCGGUACUAGUAAUUUUUGAAAGCAGCGCACUUAAAGUGAUAUGGAAAGUGAUAAAAAAUCUGAAGAUAUGGAUAAUAUUACAACAGCUGAUGGGAAUCUUUUAGAGCAGCCCAAGGAAGUAACUGUACAUGCUCGGAAUCCAUUGAUAAAAAUGCGCACUUAUGUUUUAGCGUUACGCCCGUGGUCGCUGAGUGCCAGUUUAUUACCCACGCUAUUGGGCGCCGCUCUAGCGUACCGGUUGCCUGGGGACGCCGGCUUCAGCUGGGUCACGUUGCUGCUCACACUGUGCACGGUUAUUUUAGUGCACGGCGCCGGCAAUGUCGUAAAUACAUAUUUUGAUUUUGUCAAAGGAAUAGAUAACCGUAAAUCUGAUGACAGAACAUUAGUGGACCAUAUUCUAAGUAUAGAUGAAAUUGUUUCACUUGGUGCUAUUUUAUACCUGGCGGGCUGUGCGUUUUUUGUUCCACUCGUCAUCUCCUCACCUGCUCGAAUGGAACACUUAGCUUUAGUUUAUUUUGGAGGGCUGUCAUCUUCAUUUUUAUACACUGGAGGCAUUGGUUUAAAGUACAUAGCUCUGGGAGAUAUACUAGUUUUAGUCAUAUUUGGACCAGUGUCAGUAGUGUUUUCAUUUCUAGCACAAACAGGAAGAGUGGAUUGGCAAAUUAUAUCUUAUGCAAUUCCACUUGCAUUAAACACAGAAGCAAUACUACAUAGCAAUAAUACACGAGAUUUGGAAACAGAUUGUAAAGCAGAGAUUGUAACAUUGGCUAUAUUAAUUGGUAGAACAGCUUCUUAUUUAUUGUAUGCUUUUCUAUUAUUUAUUCCAUAUAUAAUGUUUGUUGUAGCAUCAGUUCGAUGCUCUCUAUGGUUUCUGCUACCUAUCUUGACACUUCCUAGGGCAUUUGAAAUUGAAAGGAGGUUUAGGAAUCCAGACACAAUGCGCUAUGUUCCUCGGCAAACAGCCAGGCUGAACUUUUACUUUGGUAUGUUAUACAUGAUCUCAUGUUUAUUUGCUAAUAGACUUCCUUUCCUACUCAGGUAGUAAAGUGUAUUUGCGUGCUUGUGUUUGCUUGCUGCACAAUGUAUCACAGAUAUCAGUAUUUAAAUGUUUAAUGAGCCAAUGUAUUAGACAGAGGUUGUGCUUCAUAAAUUUUGAAAUAUUGGCACAAGUGUUGUAAGAAUAAAUAAUAAUGUCAAAGAUUCCUAUCACCACUUGUAUGGUAAUAUUGUGUUGCCUAAACAGAGUGAUUGUGCCUGAUAAGAAUAACAAAGUGAGGCAUUUGACAAUGUUGUAAACAAGCUUGGAUUAUUGAAAUUGCUGUUGCUUAUGGAUAACUACCUCUAUUAUAGAUUUAUGAAUUUGGGAAAAUGGACUUUUGUAUUUUUAUAAUCAUGUAAGAGACUGGGAAUCAUGAAAAUUGUAUAUAAAGGUAUUUAUUGAAAUAUAUCCUAAGUACAUACAUCAUAAUGAAAUCUCAUAAUUAUUAGCUGUGUUUGUACAUUGACAAUAAUAAUUUAUAUUUUAAACUAGUUUUUUAAGUAUUAAGUCAAAUAUAUAGUUUACUUAAAUA